UCACAUUUGUUUGGUUGUGUUGUACUCGUUGACGGCUUUUGCGGAUCAUUGAAUAUACCGGAUUUUGGGCAUUGGAGCUUGGAAAGUUUAGAAGGAUUUGAAGCAAGAUUUAUAGACUCACGAUUCUAGAAGAUCCCAGAAAUAGUAGUCAAAAUGAUUGAAGACAUAGCAGCAGGCAUGCUCGACAUACUUGUAACUAGUAGUAUUAACUCUUUUGGUACACAGCGGCGAUUCCCGGUGAACAUCCAAAUUGCAGAACUCAAACAGAAAUUAGAGCUGUUAACUGGUGCUUCAUCUACCUCUAUGGAACUACAGUUAUUAGAUGAUAAGAAUGAAUUGAUUUGUAAGCUUAUGGAUGACAGUGCAACUUUAAAUUCUUAUGCCUUAGAUAAUGCUAAAGUUCUUCAUGUUGUUGAUUCAUUUCAUCAAGCUGGAGAAUUUGAAGAUCUGUCAAAGGUGAAAAAAUUUGAAUUAUCUGAAGAAGAGUACAGUAAGCGAGGUGAAACAUUUAGAGCUUUCAAAGAAAAGCUAAAGCUUCAAAGUGGUGAUGAGAAAGAAAGUACAGAAAAGGAAAAGAAGCGUCAAGAAGAGGAAGAGUUAAUAAAGAAUAUUAAAGUUGGCAGCCGUUGUGAAGUUCGUGUGUCUGGAAAGCCAAACAGAAGAGGAACUGUUAUGUAUGCUGGUACAACUGAUUUUAAACCUGGAUUUUGGGUUGGUGUAAAAUAUGAUGAACCUCUUGGGAAAAAUGAUGGAUCUGUUGGUGGGAAGAGGUAUUUUGAAUGUCAGCAAAAUUAUGGAAGUUUCGUUAAACCUUAUGAUGUCAUACUUGGGGACUUCCCUGAAGAAAAUUAUGAUUUAGAUGAACUUUGAUUUUUUAUGAAACUUAUUUUAUAAAUAAUGCUACUGAGUCUGAUGUCAUUAUUUCAUCUUAUUAUAUAUUUUUAUAUUACAUAAAGCAAUGCUAUGAAAUAACUUCACAAUGUGUAUUUAAGCAGAGCUUAAAAUUUACUUGCAGUUAAUAUGAGAUCUGUGAUAUAUAAAACUAAAUAAUUUAACAGAGAUAAGAUUGUUGAACAAAUGCUCUCAUCUUAAUUUUCAUUUUUUGCUUUCAGUGCAUUGUAUGUGUGUUCAAUAUAAAGUAAAAGCUAUAUGUUUUUAUAGGC